AUGGCUGGUGGCGGUGGUGGUAGGGGGCGCUGUGCGGUGUCACGAGGAGGUGUCCCGCAGCAGCCGGGCGAGGUGCGCCAGCGCGGAGGGCAGCGGGCGCGGCGCGUGCGGCGGCAGGUAGUGGUGGUGGUGGCGGUGGUGGUGGGGGCGCGCUGUGCGGUGUCACGAGGAGGUGUCCCGCAGCAGCCGGGCGAGGUGCGCCAGCGCGGAGGGCAGCGGGCGCGGCGCGUGCGGCGGCAGGUAGUGGUGGUGGUGGCGGUGGUGGUAGGGCGCGCUGUGCGGUGUCACGAGGAGGUGUCCCGCAGCAGCCGGGCGAGGUGCGCCAGCGCGGAGGGCAGCGGGCGCGGCGCGUGCGGCGGCAGGGCAGCGGGCGCGGCGCGUGCGGCGGCAGGUAGUGGUGGUGGUGGCGGUGGUGGUAGGGCGCGCUGUGCGGUGUCACGAGGAGGUGUCCCGCAGCAGCCGGGCGAGGUGCGCCAGCGCGGAGGGCAGCGGGCGCGGCGCGUGCGGCGGCAGGUAGUGGUGGUGGUGGCGGUGGUGGUAGGGCGCGCUGUGCGGUGUCACGAGGAGGUGUCCCGCAGCAGCCGGGCGAGGUGCGCCAGCGCGGAGGGCAGCGGGCGCGGCGCGUGCGGCGGCAGGGCAGCGGGCGCGGCGCGUGCGGCGGCAGGUAGUGGUGGUGGUGGCGGUGGUGGUAGGGCGCGCUGUGCGGUGUCACGAGGAGGUGUCCCGCAGCAGCCGGGCGAGGUGCGCCAGCGCGGAGGGCAGCGGGCGCGGCGCGUGCGGCGGCAGGUAGUGGUGGUGGUGGCGGUGGUGGUAGGGCGCGCUGUGCGGUGUCACGAGGAGGUGUCCCGCAGCAGCCGGGCGAGGUGCGCCAGCGCGGAGGGCAGCGGGCGCGGCGCGUGCGGCGGCAGGGCAGCGGGCGCGGCGCGUGCGGCGGCAGGUAGUGGUGGUGGUGGCGGUGGUGGUAGGGCGCGCUGUGCGGUGUCACGAGGAGGUGUCCCGCAGCAGCCGGGCGAGGUGCGCCAGCGCGGAGGGCAGCGGGCGCGGCGCGUGCGGCGGCAGGUAGUGGUGGUGGUGGCGGUGGUGGUAGGGCGCGCUGUGCGGUGUCACGAGGAGGUGUCCCGCAGCAGCCGGGCGAGGUGCGCCAGCGCGGAGGGCAGCGGGCGCGGCGCGUGCGGCGGCAGGGCAGCGGGCGCGGCGCGUGCGGCGGCAGGUAGUGGUGGUGGUGGCGGUGGUGGUAGGGCGCGCUGUGCGGUGUCACGAGGAGGUGUCCCGCAGCAGCCGGGCGAGGUGCGCCAGCGCGGAGGGCAGCGGGCGCGGCGCGUGCGGCGGCAGGUAGUGGUGGUGGUGGCGGUGGUGGUAGGGCGCGCUGUGCGGUGUCACGAGGAGGUGUCCCGCAGCAGCCGGGCGAGGUGCGCCAGCGCGGAGGGCAGCGGGCGCGGCGCGUGCGGCGGCAGGGCAGCGGGCGCGGCGCGUGCGGCGGCAGGUAGUGGUGGUGGUGGCGGUGGUGGUAGGGCGCGCUGUGCGGUGUCACGAGGAGGUGUCCCGCAGCAGCCGGGCGAGGUGCGCCAGCGCGGAGGGCAGCGGGCGCGGCGCGUGCGGCGGCAGGUAGUGGUGGUGGUGGCGGUGGUGGUAGGGCGCGCUGUGCGGUGUCACGAGGAGGUGUCCCGCAGCAGCCGGGCGAGGUGCGCCAGCGCGGAGGGCAGCGGGCGCGGCGCGUGCGGCGGCAGGGCAGCGGGCGCGGCGCGUGCGGCGGCAGGUAGUGGUGGUGGUGGCGGUGGUGGUAGGGCGCGCUGUGCGGUGUCACGAGGAGGUGUCCCGCAGCAGCCGGGCGAGGUGCGCCAGCGCGGAGGGCAGCGGGCGCGGCGCGUGCGGCGGCAGGUAGUGGUGGUGGUGGCGGUGGUGGUAGGGCGCGCUGUGCGGUGUCACGAGGAGGUGUCCCGCAGCAGCCGGGCGAGGUGCGCCAGCGCGGAGGGCAGCGGGCGCGGCGCGUGCGGCGGCAGGGCAGCGGGCGCGGCGCGUGCGGCGGCAGGUAGUGGUGGUGGUGGCGGUGGUGGUAGGGCGCGCUGUGCGGUGUCACGAGGAGGUGUCCCGCAGCAGCCGGGCGAGGUGCGCCAGCGCGGAGGGCAGCGGGCGCGGCGCGUGCGGCGGCAGGUAGUGGUGGUGGUGGCGGUGGUGGUAGGGCGCGCUGUGCGGUGUCACGAGGAGGUGUCCCGCAGCAGCCGGGCGAGGUGCGCCAGCGCGGAGGGCAGCGGGCGCGGCGCGUGCGGCGGCAGGGCAGCGGGCGCGGCGCGUGCGGCGGCAGGUAGUGGUGGUGGUGGCGGUGGUGGUAGGGCGCGCUGUGCGGUGUCACGAGGAGGUGUCCCGCAGCAGCCGGGCGAGGUGCGCCAGCGCGGAGGGCAGCGGGCGCGGCGCGUGCGGCGGCAGGUAGUGGUGGUGGUGGCGGUGGUGGUAGGGCGCGCUGUGCGGUGUCACGAGGAGGUGUCCCGCAGCAGCCGGGCGAGGUGCGCCAGCGCGGAGGGCAGCGGGCGCGGCGCGUGCGGCGGCAGGGCAGCGGGCGCGGCGCGUGCGGCGGCAGGUAGUGGUGGUGGUGGCGGUGGUGGUAGGGCGCGCUGUGCGGUGUCACGAGGAGGUGUCCCGCAGCAGCCGGGCGAGGUGCGCCAGCGCGGAGGGCAGCGGGCGCGGCGCGUGCGGCGGCAGGUAGUGGUGGUGGUGGCGGUGGUGGUAGGGCGCGCUGUGCGGUGUCACGAGGAGGUGUCCCGCAGCAGCCGGGCGAGGUGCGCCAGCGCGGAGGGCAGCGGGCGCGGCGCGUGCGGCGGCAGGGCAGCGGGCGCGGCGCGUGCGGCGGCAGGUAGUGGUGGUGGUGGCGGUGGUGGUAGGGCGCGCUGUGCGGUGUCACGAGGAGGUGUCCCGCAGCAGCCGGGCGAGGUGCGCCAGCGCGGAGGGCAGCGGGCGCGGCGCGUGCGGCGGCAGGUAGUGGUGGUGGUGGCGGUGGUGGUAGGGCGCGCUGUGCGGUGUCACGAGGAGGUGUCCCGCAGCAGCCGGGCGAGGUGCGCCAGCGCGGAGGGCAGCGGGCGCGGCGCGUGCGGCGGCAGGGCAGCGGGCGCGGCGCGUGCGGCGGCAGGUAGUGGUGGUGGUGGCGGUGGUGGUAGGGCGCGCUGUGCGGUGUCACGAGGAGGUGUCCCGCAGCAGCCGGGCGAGGUGCGCCAGCGCGGAGGGCAGCGGGCGCGGCGCGUGCGGCGGCAGGUAGUGGUGGUGGUGGCGGUGGUGGUGGGGCGCGCUGUGCGGUGUCACGAGGAGGUGUCCCGCAGCAGCCGGGCGAGGUGCGCCAGCGCGGAGGGCAGCGGGCGCGGCGCGUGCGGCGGCAGGGCAGCGGGCGCGGCGCGUGCGGCGGCAGGUAGUGGUGGUGGUGGCGGUGGUGGUAGGGCGCGCUGUGCGGUGUCACGAGGAGGUGUCCCGCAGCAGCCGGGCGAGGUGCGCCAGCGCGGAGGGCAGCGGGCGCGGCGCGUGCGGCGGCAGGUAGUGGUGGUGGUGGCGGUGGUGGUAGGGCGCGCUGUGCGGUGUCACGAGGAGGUGUCCCGCAGCAGCCGGGCGAGGUGCGCCAGCGCGGAGGGCAGCGGGCGCGGCGCGUGCGGCGGCAGGUAG